ACCAGGACACUUGGGUUGCGUGGAGAGCGGGGCACCAGGACGCCUGGGUUCCUUGGCUUGCGUGCCCCGCGUGGGGAGAGAAGCACCAGGACGCCUGGGUUCCUUGGCUUGCGUGCCCCGCGUGGGGAGAGGGGCAGCCGGACGCCUGGGUUGCAUGCCCCGCGUGAGAGGGGUUGCCUGUCCCUAGAUAGGUGCCUGGCUCUGCUCAGGGCAGUGAUCGCUGCGGGCAGGCACGGGGGAGGUUGUGCCUCGGUUGGUGCAUUAAGCAACACAGUUCCCGAGGCUGUGAGCGUUCCCUGCGUUUUGUGCUCCUCAGACACUGACCUCUGCAAACCCAGUGGGAAGGGGAGUGGUGUUCUCCCCAUGUCCUAGCCAGGAAGGCUGAGGCAGGGGUGUGAAGUGAUUUGCCCAAUCUGUCGCCGCUAGAAGGAGACACUUCAGACAGGUGGCUGCCUCUUGGAACUGGUCUCCACUUCCCCAUUGCUGACCGUAGGCAGUGGCAGCGGGUGCAGCUGAACUGUUACUGGAAACAAUUCCAGGUUCAGCCUUCUCAGAAGCCCUCCUGAAACCUUGCUCCCAAGGAUGCAACUAAAUACUGCUCUUUCAGAGGACUGCUGAGAUACCAGCAGGAUGAUGUGUUCAGAGGAGAGUUGCAGACAUCCUUGGGUCUCCCAAGCUUUGGCUUUGUUUUCAUUCUGGCAAACGAAGGGAUGAAUGGCUUGUUAUGAGGCGAUAUUAAAGCUUUUUCCCACUUAAAUUGCCAGUUUAGCAGCCGUAGCUUUGAAGUAGUAGUAGCUAUUUAUUUCCUUUCUUUAAAGACACUUGCCAUUUGAGUAAUGGCUUAGAAAUUGGAUUCUAAUAGAAUAGAAUAGAAACUGCAUAGCACAAAAAUAAAGGGGAAAUGGUUUUAAAGGAACAAACAUUUCAGACAGUUCAAAUAACAGAAAUAGGUUUGAUACCAGUAUUUUGUCUUUGAGGUUAACAGAGCAGUGGAAUAUGGACUUCUGUGUAGGGGAAGGUAUUGCCUCAGCACUCCCUUUCUCCUGUUUUCGUUUCUGUAUGUUUUAGACCAUGAAAUUUUACUGGUUUAGGGCUUCCUAAUUACUGUGUUGCUCUUCUUCGCUAGGGAGAUCCAGGAUGAAGAACUGUGGAGAUUUAGUUCCCGAAUCACAAGCCUUCUCCAGAAUCACGACUUGGGAAAUGAUACCAUUGACUGUUUACAGAGACUUUUCCUUAUUGUUUCAGCCACAAAAUAUGGCCGGAAUACACAGGAGAUUCAAUGCAGUCUGUUCUUGACAGAUCAGAAAUGAAGGCUGGGUGACUGCAAAAAAUUCCCCUUGCUGAAAAUGCUGUGCUAGUUUCAGAUGUUGAAAUCCAGUCCACUCUCUUUCCCCUUGCAAACUAGAGACCCUAUCCAGCUUCUCUUAAAGUUGGAUGGCAAAUUUGUAGAGCUAUUGCAGAAAGUUCUGUGUUUGCCCAAGUGUCCUGAGCAGAUUCAGGCUCUGUGUGCUGCCAUUUUGAGAGAGAUGUCACCCAGCAAUUAUCUGAUCCUAUCCUGCGAUGAAAUCCAGGAUGCAAAGCUCUUGAGUCUAGUGUCCUCCAUCCUCUUGGCUCAGGGAAAUAAAAAAGCUGAGGCGUUAGCAGUGGGGCAGCGUGUUGUAAAAGUUCUGGAAGGGCGACUGCCUGAGGGUCAGAGUUCACGGCACCUUCUUCCUCUACUCUCCAAGAUCAUCAGUCUAUCGCCAGCAAACCUAAGUGAAGAUCAGACCAAUCUGGUCAAUAAAAGGAUGGUGGACUGGCUGAGAUAUGCAAGUGUUCAGCAAGGAGUUGCACAGCCCUCUGGAGGCUUCUUCUCCAAUCCCAGGGCAAGGCAGCCUGGCCCUAUCACAGAGGUGGAUGGUGCAAUCGCGACAGACUUCUUCACAGUGCUCUCAGUUGGUCAAUAUUACACAGAGGACCAGUGGCUAAACAUGCAGGCCUUUUCCAUGCUACGCAAGUGGCUGCUGCGCUAUGGGAGCGAGGGGGCAAACAGCCCUAAUUCAGAUGACAAAUCAGAGGUAGAUGGGUCUAUCAUGUCCAUGGUCUCUGCCACCUCCACCUCCAGUCGCCUGCUUCCCCCAAAGGAGCGUCUAAGAGAGAAGGCUUUUGAAUACUGCCAGCGGCUUAUCGAGCAAAGCAACCGGCGGGCCCUGAAGAAACCAGAUGGGGACCUGCAAAAAGCUUGUCUCAUUGAGGCUGUCACUAUCAUGGAUAUUAUCUGCAGGCAGGACUCCAACUAUGUGUACCGGACGCUCUCCUGCCUGAAGAUCUUGCAUGGCAGAAUCAGUGGGGACCUUGCUUAUGCCAGGGCACUGCUGCCCAUUGCUCAGUUCUUCCUGAACCACAGUGAGACCGCAGCAGUGGAUUCAGAGGCAGUUUACAAGCACUUGUUCACCAGGAUUCCUGCUCAGCUCUUCCACAGCCCAAUGAUGGCCUUUGAGUUUAUCCAGUUCUGCAGGGACAACAUCCAAUUCUUCACAGAGAACCUCAGCAUCUUCAGACGGAGCUUCCCAAACCUCUUCAAGCUCCUAGCAUGGAAUAGCCCAGCCUUGAUUUCUGAGUUCAUGGACCUUCUGCCACCUCUGCUUGGUGCAGACACAGCCAUCGAGAUCUUUCACUUGCUGCUUGACCUGCCGUGUUUGGCGGCUACUCUGGACAUCCAGCUGAGAUCUGCCUCUGUCCCCAUCUCUGAGAGAGCCACCUGGGAUCCUGCUGCAAAGCCAGCCAGCUGCCUGGAGGCCUUCCGCCACCCGCUCUACAGAAGCACCUUUCAGUAUCUCCUCCGCAUUGAGACCGCCCCCAGAGACCCCCCUGAGCGGUUGGCUCCUCUUCGCCAGCUGCUGGGGUCCAUGGCCAGCUGUCCACGGGUUGUGCAGUGUGCAGACACCAUCCCUGUCUUACUGCGGCUCUACUUCAGUGUGGUUGCAGAGUUUGCAGACGGCCCCCUGAUAAACCAGCUGGUGUUGGUGCUGCUGGAGAGGAGUGAGCAGCUCUACGAGAUCCCGGCAUUUAAGGCUGAUGUCCAUAGAGUGCUGAGCUCCCAGCUGGUGCUUCUGUGUAAGCUGCACCCCUCCCUGGUAGUGGAACUGUCCAAGGAGCUUUUGGAGUUUUCAGGAACCGUCAGCAACAUCCGGAACAAAGAGGAUAUCUUCACCUACGUGGUCUGGGCUAUUGGAGAGUACAUGUCUGUGUCAUACGACAAAAGGUGCACCGUGGAGCAGAUCAACAAGUUCUUUGAAGCCCUGGAGGCCAUGCUGUUUGAAAUCACGCAACUCCGGCCCUCGGCCAGCAUCCCCAAGUACUCGCCCCGUGUCAUCACGGUUCUCAUGACAACGCUGACCAAACUGGCAUCACGCAGCCAAGAUUUGAUCCCCAGGAUGUCCCUAUUCCUGUCCAAGAUGAGAGCGUUUGUUCAGAGCCCUGCCAUGGCCUCGGUGUACAGUGAGGAAGACAGUGAGGAGAUCCUGACCCGAGCCGCUGAGCUGAUGAACCUGUUGAAAAUGCCCAGUGUGGCUCAGUUUGUGCUGACGCCAUCAGCAGAGGUUGCCAGCCCACGGUUUCACCGAGACACUAAUGUGUCCCUACCUCUCGCCAUGAAGACGGCUAGCCGGCUUUUAGAAAGGGGGACUGGCUUCGUGCCAGGGUGAGGUGAUGGCAUUUUUGAGUGUACACUGCAGAGACCUGGCUGGCUCUGUGCUGUAUUUUGACUAACCUGCUGCUACUGACUCUGCUUAAUGGAAUAUGGGGAAGGAGGAGGGAUGAGGCUCUGCUCCAAGCUGCACCUUCCUGGAAAUGGGCAAUAAAUGGCGGAAAAGAGGAA